UAUCAAGGGUCUCAUAGACUUCGAACUCAAGGUAGAGACGGCCAAAGGAAUUACCUUAAAUUGGCUGCGGAGUGACUUUGAAGGCGAUGACGAGGAUGGCAUAACCAUGAAAAUGGACAGAGAUGAUUAUUCAUGACAGUCUUCCACCCUCAAAAACAAAUUGCUGAGGAAGUUUAGGAAAGGUGGAAAGCCAGGCUGUGAGGUGCCUGAUCGAUCGAGAGGAUGGGGGAUCCCGUGUCGCUGGUUUUGGAGUUAGGAAGGGAGGCUGCGGAUAUAAUUAACAGGGGUCUGAAUCAUGGAAGCACAGCCGAGAGUUUCAACAACACAGUGGAUCUAGUAGGCCCAAAGCUUGAAAGAAUUGAACAACUCCUCAGCACGACGACGUCGGAAUCGUCAGCCCAGGACAUAAAGGCUUUGCAGGUGAUCAGGAGGAAAAUCCAAAAGGCUCGGAACAAAUACUCCAUAAUCGGAUUCUGGAACUGCUGGAUGGCGCCAAGUUACCAGCAAAAGCUUCAGAGUGCACACCAUGAAAUCCAAGGUUUAAUAAAUACUUGGAGUAUGUUGGUGACGGCGGAGGCUGUGAUCGAAGGCCGAGCCCACCGACCCGGGAAUAGUACUGUACCCGGCAAUGAUAAUAUUCGUCAACCAAGGUUUAAGAUUGAUCACGAAACGAUGUCGUCGGAGUUUACAGUGGGAUGGAACAGUCCGUUGAUGACAAAUUUGAAGUCUAGCCUCAUGAGAGAUGGCGGAGACCGGAUCCUUAACUUGACUGGUUUCACCGGCUCGGGGAAGACCACCUUGGCCCAGCAGCUCUGUCGUGAUAUUGAUGUGCGAGGCUGCUUCAGCGACAAUAUCCUGUUUGUGCCCGUAGGUUCAAAGAUUGAAAGCGAUGGAGAUCUGGCUAAGCAGGUGGAACACGAGUUGCGUGAAAAUGGGAGGAAGACAGUGUUGCUGGUGCUGGAUGAUGUUGAGGCUGGCUCAGAACAACCUGUUACGCGGUGGAGCAAUCAAAUGUCAUCAAAUACUAAAUCCAAGAUUUUGGUCACUUCGAGAGCUGCCCUCCAAGGUUUGGGCAUCCCAGUGCAGAUGACGCCAUUGCGUGACGAAGAUGCCAUCGAUCUUUUACGGCAUUUUGUUCGACCAAGUGGCACAUCCACCUACACUUUCCCUGACCGUCCCAUUCUCCUACAGGUCGUACAAGUCUGUGGAGGUUAUCCGAUGGCCAUUAAAAUAAUUGGCGGGGAUCUCCAAGGGAAGCCCAUUGAGUUCUGGCAAAAGAAGCUGAAACAAUGGUCACACCAAGGUCGCUCUGUCCUUCAAACUGAUACAGAGCUGCUUACUCGUCUCCAUGAUUCCUUGAGUGUCUCCAAAGAAUAUCAAAGCAACAGAGAAUUCUUCAUGGACCUUGGCUUAUUCCCCAGAAAUAAAAUGAUCCCCGUUACUGCCUUGUUUGACAUGUGGAUGGAACUUUACGAACAAGUCAAGGAUGACAUAGAUGCCAUGAUCCACAUCCACUAUUUGACAAACAUGAAUCUGGCUGAUCAGGUGGUUCGAAGGCGAAUUGGAAGCGAUGAAGACAAUUACUACGAGAAUCACUUCAUAACCCAGCAUAAUAUUCCAAGAGAGCUGGCUAAAAAUUCAAGCGAGCAGGGGGAAGCAUUCCAGAGGAAAAGACUAUUUAUUGAAAUAAAUCUGAAUGAUCCUCCCGAAUGGUGGCAACAAAAACCGCCGCAGCGAGGGAUCUCUGCCUGCUUGCCAUUGCUGAAAGGACCAACGCAGCAAAGGGUAGAUGCUCGUAUAUUAUCCAUUUUAACAGAUCAAGAAGUCACUCCCUAUUGGUGCGUAAUUCAAGCGGCCCGAGCUGAGGUUCUGAUUUUAAACCUUAAGACUUCAGAAUAUACGUUGCCGGGAUUCAUUAGGGAAAUGAGAAGCCUGAAAGUUCUCAUCAUGAUCAAUUGUGUGUACCGCUGGUUCACUAAAUUCAAAAACUUUGAGCUGAUUAGAUUUCUACAGACGCUCAGGAGAAUCAGAUUGCAGCAGGUUUCAGUUCCUUGCCUUUGGGAAUCCAAGAACCUGCACAAGUUAACGCUUUACAUGUGUGAAGUAUCCGCGGCUUUUGAGAACAGUUCCAUGAAGUUCUCAAAUUUGGUAGAGCUGAACAUUGAGUAUUGCAAAGAUUUGGUGAAGCUGCCUGAUGGAUUUUGCGACAUUGAAACCCUCGAGAAGCUCAGCAUCAGUAAUUGCUCCAAGUUUACUCAAAUUCCGCAAGAAAUUGGAAGGCUUAAGAACUUGAGAUUACUACGGAUUAGUUACUGCGUGGAGAUGGAGGAAAUACCAGAGUCAAUCACGGAGCUCAAGAGCCUAAGCUUUCUUGACAUAUCAUUCUGCCUGAACAUCAAGAAGUUACCGGACAACAUUGGUGAGUUGAGGAGUCUAACGAAUUUCAAUAUGUCGGAUUGCUCAAUAAGUGAUCUGCCUGCAGACUCGGUGAUGAGAUUGACGCAUUUAAAGAGAGUGACAUGCGAUGAAUAUACAUAUCAUCUUUGGGAAGUUAUCAAGGGUUUCAUAGACUUCGAGCUGAAGGUAGAGACGGACAAGAGCGUUACCUUAAAUUGGCUCCGGGGUGACUUCGAAGGAGAUGACGAGGAUGGCAUCACCAUGAAAAUGGAUAGGGAUGAUUAUUCAUAGCUGGUGAAUGCAUUUUUCAGUUCUGAAAAUAAAACCACAGUUUUCAUUUGCUAAUAUAUUUUGGGUGAUAAAAAUAAAAAAGUUUAUUUGCUUUCUAUGCACUAGCUACCAAAAAUUGACAUGCAUGUAAAAUGCUCUAUAUAUUUAACAUGUUUUUUUUCUUCCGUUA